UGAUAGAUAACCGUCAAUUGUCAAUGAAUUUUGACAAUUGACAGCCUCUUGACAGUUAUUUUUAACUCAAACAUUUUACUUUUAUUUGUAUUUUUGUGAUAAGUUUAGUUGUAAGUCGGUUUUAUUGCGCCCCAUGGAGAAUUCCCCGUUGAACAAGGCCCACCAGUUGGACCGUCGCGCUGAGGCCUUACUAAAACAGAAAAAGUUCGACGAGAGCAUCGAAAGCCACCACAACGCCAUGCACCACCUCCACGAGGCGCUCCACUUGACCCAAAACCCCCGCUCUCUCGAAUCAAUCCACCUGCAAAUCGACCACCACCAAAAACAAGUCGACUCGUUAAAAAUAAAAAAAUUGCAAUACGAAGAUUUGCGACGCUAUCAAGAAUCGAUGCGAAAUCGCGUGAAUUUCGACUGCAUUUGCGAAAACGGGGAAUCCCUCCAAACCGAAAUCUUCCGCACUAUUGAAACACACGACUCUCUCAUCGAGGUGAUGAUGAAGCGCAACUGCCCCGAAGAGUGCCCCCCGAGUGUCUCCGACACGAUGAAAGCCUCCGGGAAAAAACGCGAAGUGGACGACUCCACCCUUUUGGAGGAAUUCAAAGGACUCAGCGAGAAACUGCGCGAAUUCGUGCAGAUUCUCGUCCUGCAAUUGGAGGAGAAAGACACCGAAAUCGCACGACUCAAAGCCGAGAUCUACAAACUAGAGUGCGAGAAAAACAAAGAUGGGGCCAAGACCAGUAGCACACUCAGAGUCGUCACGGACUCCUCGGGGGGCACCUCCCCCUACGUCUUCUCGCCCUGCAGUGAGCUCAGUCCCGAAGUGGGGCUCCCGCCUUUAGCACCCUUAGAAAUGCCCAACUUUGAUUUCUCGACUUUGGUCAAAAACGGGUACAAAUAAUUGUGUUCAAUUUAACUUAUUUAUUUUUCAUUCAAAUUAUCAGAAAAAUAUAUAUUAAUGGUUACGUCAAUUAAACCAUAUCCAGUUUUUACAUAAA